GUCAUCACGCUGCGACGUUGAGCUGAUUCUUUUUACUUCCCCACGUGUGUAUCUUUUUUCCCCUUAGGUUAAAGUUUUAUUUAUUCACUUUUUCCCAUAAUGCGGCCGUUAACGGAUGAAGAGACGAAAACAAUGUUUGAAAAGCUCUCGAAGUACAUCGGAGAGAACAUUAAGCUUCUUGUGGAUAGACCUGAUGGCACGUACUGCUUCAGACUGCACCAUGAUCGUGUGUACUACAUCAGUGAAAAAAUACUGAAGUUGGCCACGAAUAUCUCUCGGGACAAGCUGGUGUCCGUUGGCACGUGUUUUGGGAAGUUCACCAAGACUCAUAAGUUUCGGCUGCACAUCACAGCGCUGGAUUUCCUCGCGCCUUACGCAAAGUAUAAAGUGUGGGUGAAGCCUGGAGCGGAGCAGUCUUUCCUAUACGGCAACCACAUCAUGAAGUCCGGCCUGGGCAGGAUCACAGAAAACACGGCUCAGUACCAAGGAGUGGUGGUUUACUCCAUGGCAGAUGUACCACUGGGUUUUGGAGUGGCAGCGAAAACCACACAGGAAUGCCGUAAGGUGGAUCCCAUGGCCAUCGUGGUGUUUCACCAGGCUGAUGUUGGAGAGUACAUCAGGAACGAGGAGACGCUCACAUAACACACGCACAUCUGCGUCUCAGAGCAGACUGUGUGUUUUUCAACGGACAUUGCAGCUUGGAACUCAAAUACAGGAGCUGUGUUUUUUGUAUUUGUGAAAUAUUUUCCGUCAGGAGAACAUGUUUAUUCUAAGAAGUUUGUGGUUCUGUUCGGGUGCGAUUUUUGGUGAAAAAUUUAAAACCAUCGAUUAUUAUAUAGACUGUAUUCUUCGGAUCAAGGUAACAUUACAGCACGUUCAGUAUUUCUACGUUAUACAAUUGUGUCUAAAAAGGUAUACGUCUCCCAUACUUUUUGGAAUCGAAUAAAGGAAAUUGUUCCCCCCCUUCAGAUUCAUUGCACAGGAAAAUUGUAAAAAACACACCUUUCCAUUUCUGGAAGAAUUAGUUCAAAGAAAAAAGGUGAUUAAACUGCGCUACAGAAAUUGAA